AUAGAGCGAUGCGCCGGCGGCCCGCGCAGUGCGUGCGUGCGCGCAGAAUUGACAGCCAAGUGUGAGCGGGUUUCGCUCUGUGACGCCGAAGCCGUCCGCUCUUCAAGAUGGUGCAUAUAAAGACAAUCGUGUUCGCGGCGCUGCUGGUGGCCGCGGCAGCCAAGCCCAGGCGGAACCACUACAAGCGGGAAGCCCCUAUCCCUCUCCAUAUAGCGCCGCUGAGCUCAUCCUACCUGCCACCAUCGAGCGGCCGACCUUCGAGUAGCUACGGAGCCCCUGCGCCUUCUUCCAGUUAUGGGGCCCCUCCACCCUCGUCCAGCUAUGGCGCCCCGCCAUCAUCCAGUUACGGUGCCCCGGCGCCAAGACCCUCAAGCAGCUAUGGAGCCCCAGCACCUAGACCAUCGUCUAGCUAUGGCGCUCCUGCCCCAAGGCCGUCUAGCAGCUAUGGUGCCCCAGCACCUAGACCGUCAUCCAGUUAUGGUGCGCCCGCGCCAAGCAGGCCCUCGAGCAGUUACGGUGCCCCGCCUCCGUCGUCCAGCUAUGGUGCUCCCGCCCCAAAGCCCUCUAGCAGCUACGGAGCACCCGCCCCGUCUUCCAGCUAUGGCGCUCCCGCCCCACGACCAUCUUCAAGCUACGGUGCGCCCGCGCGUCCUCCAGCAACCAGCUAUGGCGUGCCCACCGGUCCUUCUACGACCUACAACGCUCCAGCUCCUAGACCUUCCAGCAGCUAUGGAGCUCCUGCACCUAAACCUUCCAGCAGCUAUGGUGCUCCUGCCCCUUCUAGCUCCUAUGGAGCUCCAUCUCCUCCCUCAAGCUCUUACGGCGUUCCGUCCCAGCCCGCCCCAGUGCCGUCCAGCUCCUACGGCGCGCCUUCAAGCUCUUACGGCGCUCCUGCCCCGUCAUCGACGUACGGAGCUCCCGGCGGCAGCAGCGGUAGCUUCGGUGGAAGCAGUAGCUUCGGCGGCAGCAGCGGCAGUUUCGGUGGACAUGGCAGCAGUGGAGGAAGCGCUUUCGGCGGCAGCGGCUUCGGAGGUGGCAGCGGUUUUGGAAGCAGCGGACCUUCUUCAAGCUAUGGCGCACCGUCAGCACCGUCGUCCAGCUACGGUGCCCCAGCUCAGGCCCCGUCUAGCAGCUAUGGAGCUCCAAGCUCUGGGGGAUUCUCUGGAGGACAUUCUAGCGGUGGUUUCUCAUCUAGCGGCUCAAGCGGCUUCUCAUCUAGCGGCAGCGGCUAUUCCUCAGGAGGUUCCGGAGGAUUCGGUGGUUCUUCUGGAGGCCACAGCUCAGGAGGCUCCGGUGGUUUCGGCGGUGGGUCUGGUGGGUAUUCCUCAGGCCCCGCCAGCAUACCUGACACCAUCCAACAAAGCUACGACUCUAACGGCGGUUACUCUUAUUAGGCGGCGUGAAUGUGCAUCAAUCAGUGCUGUGUGUGACGCUAGGCAGUCAAUUGUUACCUGAUACUUUAAAGUAGCGGCAAACUUGAGAUAAUUUGCUAGGUAUGUAGUACGAGUACGUUCA